GGGGGCGGGAGGGAAAGGGAGGAGGAGUUGCAGAUUCCCUAACGGACCCAGGAAGUUGUCCUUAAAAAAAUAUAUCGCUGGCCCGCGGUUGAGCAGCCACCUGACCAGAGCAGCAUGUGGACUAGCUCGCUGGGUCCCCUGAGUGCUCUUGUGGCUGCCGCCGCCGCCGUCGUCAGAGCAGCUGCUGCGGGCAGGCGUGGGGCGAGAAGCGGGGACCCGCGGCUGCUGUGUCCCCUGCUUACUGCUAGCCGCUUUUUCUCGGGAGGUGGCAGUCACUAUUGCUUCUGAGAAACCAGCUCUCAUUUCCACGGCUGGUCGCCUGGUGAGGAGUUGAGACUGCACCCCCCGCCCGGACCCACAUGGCUUGUUACCUGGUCAUCAGUUCAAGACAUCUCAGCAAUGGGCACUACCGGGGCAUUAAAGGAGUCUUCAGAGGGCCCCUCUGCAAGAACGGAUCUCCCUCUCCGGAUUUUCCAGAAAAGGAGAAGUCAACAGCAAAGGCCCUGGAAGAUGUGAAGGCAAACUUCUACUGUGAAUUAUGUGACAAGCAGUAUCACAAACAUCAGGAGUUUGACAAUCAUAUUAAUUCUUACGAUCAUGCUCAUAAACAGAGACUGAAAGAAUUAAAGCAACGGGAAUUUGCUCGAAAUGUAUCUUCCAAGUCUUGGAAAGAUGAAAAGAAACAAGAAAAAGCACUUAAGCGACUUCAUCAACUGGCUGAGUUAAGGCAACAGUCUGAAUGUAUUUCUGGAAGUGGACCAGCAUACAAAGCCCCCAGGAUAGCCAUAGAAAAGCAACUCCAGCAAGGAAUUUUCCCCGUGAAGAAUGGCAGAAAGAUAUCAUGCAUGAAGAGCGCACUUCUCCUUAAAGGAAAGAAUCUCUCCAGAAGCAUUUCCGAUAAACAAUGGUCCACCACUCCAAAUCGACACCAGCUACAAACGGACAGACGUUAUUUGUUUGGAAAUCGGGUACCACAAACAUCCUCAGAUCUCAGCGGUGCAAAUCACAGGACCGGAGUAUCAUUUUCUUUCUCCAAAAAAGUGCAUCUGAAAUUAGAAUCUUCAGCAUCAGUUUUCAGUGAGAACACAGAAGAAAGCCACGACUGUAACAAGUCGCCCAUCUAUAAAACAAAACAAACUGCAGAGAAGUGCACGUGCUGCAGGUUUGCAAAUGAAGAGACACGCCUCUCUAAGGAAAAAGAUAGAAACAUCUCACCAAGCCAUCUGGAAAGUGUUGUACACAAUACCUUCACCAUAAGCUCUCAGAUUUUGCGGCACAAAAAUGACUCUGUUGAUGAAACACUAGAAGAUUCGAUUGACAUUCAUGCUUCAUUCAAUAAAGCUAACAUUCGUCUUUCGGAUGUGGAUUUUACUCCUUCCAGCAGAACAAAAGAAAUCAGAGAUACAUCGAAGAACACUUCAGAACACUGCAUUAAUCACUCAUGCCAAGGAAAUGUUUCCUCCAGCUUACUGAACAUUUACAAGCACAGUAAUGCCAGGAUAUUUGAAUGUGUGGAUGAGUUUCCAUCACGAGAGCCAAGUGAACAAAGCAGUGCAUUGCAUCUGAAUCGAAAAGAGAAGAGAGAAAAAGUAUUAGAUAAAACAGAAAGAGUUAGCAGAAGUGUACAAAGGCUUGUAAGAGAAGCGUGUCCGCAUGAUGUGAAGUCCAAACCACUGCCUUUUCUCCACGUCCAAAGCAAAGAUGGCCACACCAUUCUCCAAUGGCCUACGGAACUGCUUCUCUUUACAAAAACAGAGCCCUGUAUCUCUUAUGGCUGCAACCCAUUAUAUUUUGAUUUUAAGCUUUCUCGAAACAGGAGUGAUGGCGACGAUCCGGAGGACUUCAGAACAGAAUUGCUGAAAGAGUCCUCGGAAAUGCCGACUAUGCUAGAGAACCAAGUCUCAGGUUUAAUCGAAGACCAACAAAAAUUGAUCCAAGAAGAUAAUAAGUCUCUGAAACCAAAGAUGACACUAGCCAAUCCAGAUUGGGAAAAUUUCCAGAGAAAAUAUAAUUUGGGCUACAACAGUGCUGAGCCAGAUAUGAAUGAAAAUAAUUUUAGUGCAAGCGAUUUGGAAAUGAAAAAUCCUAAAGUGCCUGCUUACCUAGAUCUCUCUCUAAAGAACUGUGUAAGAAACAGUAAUGAUAGUGAUAAGGAACUUAAGGAACCUUCCAGGACCCAUUUGCAAAGCUGCCAAAGGGUAACUCUAAACGAUGCAAAUGAGGGCCUAUCUUGUUCUCCUUGUGUCUCUAGGACUAAAAAGCAUACGCUGAUUUCCAGUGAUCUUCAUUUAGAUUUUGAAGAUGAGAAUCCGUCCACCUGGAAUUCUAGCCCUUACCCUCUAAGGGGCCACAGUGACCAUGAGAAGGACCUCGGCAUAAUUUUGAAUAGUGACCGAAUUGGCGUGACCAGCAGUGUUUCUGGUUGUGGAAGAGGAAAUUACAAGAGAAGUUCCCCAAAGUUGUCUCUGAAUAAACGUUCUAGCCCUUCAGACACAUCCCCUGGCAGGACAUCCAGCUUGAGAAGUACUUGUUCAAAUCAUAGGUCCGGUGGUCACGGCAGAGGGAAUUUGCUCUGCUUUUGUAAAAGAGAAUACAACUCAGUUGAAAGGCACAAAAGGAAACGUCGAAAGCACAGCUGUCUCUGCUUGUCUGAUGAGCUGGCAACGAGCGAGUCCCCACAGUCUGAAACCCAAGGAGCUAGGAGCUGCGAAUUGUGGGAAUCAGUUAAAAAUGAAAAAAAAUCAAAACAUGGAUAUGGUCACUGCAGAGAAAAAUAUAAACUGGGCAAAAAUCAGCAGGGUCUAGGGCCACAAUCCAAGAGAACCAUCCACUGUGAUUCCAGCGCACAGGUUUCCGGUGCUGGAAACAGUGAAAACCCACCUCAUUGCCAGGCACCUCAGCACAGCAGAUUGGGCUCUUACUCAAGAGAGAAAAUGUCUCACUUAAAUAAAGGUGAAAGAAGUCAACAGUCUUUGGACAGUCCUCUUGUUUGUGAUCUGGGAAAAGUAAAGCCCAUGCAGUGUGACUCCGGGAAUCGCAGCCGUCUUCUAAGGAACUCCUCUAACCGCUCUUUAGAAACCACAGAGCUGAAUGCUGUAGGAGGAGAGAGGACCGCCCUGACAGCCAAGAGCCUAUUGGAAAGAGUACAAGCCAAGAAAUGCCAGGAACGAGCAACUGAUUUUGAGGUCUCUUCAGACUGUUGUAAAAAUCAAUCAGAGGCUCAUUCACAAAUCGAAUGCACACUUCAGUUUACACCACCGGGCUGUACCAGACUAGCAUUGCCUUUGUCUGAAAAAAUACAGAACCCAAGAAGAAGAAGAAAUGAAGAAGGCAGUGCAACACAAAGAACUAUUGAGAAAGUCAGAGUUGAAAGUUCACAGACAAAUAAUUUCACUGUUUUAGCAGACACUGAUUGUGAUCGUUAUCUUUCAAAAAGUAUCAUUCACAUAGUAGCUGAGUCUCAGUCACCAAACAUGAAAAAGAACCCAAUGACAAAAGAACAAUCAAAAUGUUUAAUUAGUGAGGUCCAACCUUUUAUUCAAAGCUGUGACCCAGUAUCAAAUGAUUUCCCUGGUGCUUUUCCAUCGAAUAGACAUAUUGGUGUUACUGAUUCAACAGAGACCAAAGAGGACCAAAUAAAUCUAGACUUACACGAUGUAAGCAUGCAUAUGAAUCAUGUAGAGGGGAAUAUCAGCUCUUACUAUGACAGAACUAUGCAGAAGCAUGACAAAGUAGCUGAUGAAUUAGAAGUGUGUCGUAAAUCUCUCUCCCCACCUUUAAUUCAACAGCCCAUAACAUUUUCUCCUGAUGAAAUGGAUAAAUACAAGCUCCUCCAGCUACAAGCCCAGCAGCACGUGCAGAAACAGCUCCUAUCAAAGCAUCUUCGAGUUUUGCCCGCUGCAGGGCCAACUGCCUUUUCUCCGGCUUCAGCUGUGCAGACAGUUCCAAUUCACCAGCAUGCGUCUAUCACCACCAUCCACCACACGUUCCUGCAGCGUUUUGUUUCUGCUUCCCUAAAUUCCCAUAGCAGUCACCUCCCUAUAGCUCAUCUACAUCCUCUUUCGCAGCCACAUUUUAAUCCAUUCCCAUUUUCACCUCUGACGCCCACUAUCAUCCCUGCACACCCCACUUUCUUAGCGGGUCAUCCCCUGCAUUUAGUCACUGCUGCCCCCUUCCACCCAUCUCACAUAACUCUCCAGCCCUUGCCCCCUGCAGCGUUUAUCCCCACCUUGUUUAGCCCUCACUUUAACCCAGCUACUGCUUCUAUCAUCCACUUGAAUCCUUUAAUUCAACCAGUGUUCCAAGGUCAAGAUCUUCGCCAUCAUUCCUGCUCCAGUCAGAUGCAACAGUUAAAUGGAGUGAAAGAGGCCUUAAAUGUGUCAGCUCACUUAAACUAAUAGGUCGUAAAGCCCCUCUUGUGGAUAAAUAACACAAAUUGUCGCUGCCUACAAAAUGAUAUAUCUCAAGUUGUCUGUCUGAUUACUAGAAGAUUUAAAAGAGUGGUGCCAAUUCCAAAUGUGACCAAUAGAGAAAUAUGAACUGAAUUGCGAAUACUGAAAUAGAAACAUUUUAAGAAUUUAUUUUAAUUUGUGAAAAUAAUAGGACAAAUUUAAAGUAAUUUUAUGGAAAGGUAGAGGGAAACAUGUUAAAGGUCUGUUUUAGAUGAGUUCUCAUAUAAUAUAAAAAUAGAAAACAUUUAGACAGAUCAUUGAUAUCUCAAAGAAAAUUAAAUGGAACAUAAUACCCUAUGUUUUAGGUGUUUGGUGAAUGAAUGAAUGAAUGAAUGAAUGAGUGAAUGCACAUUUGGUUUUAUUUAUCAGAUAAUAACAAAAGGUCAGUGAAACAAACUAAUCAUGUAUUAAAAUUGGUUCUUAUGGUUAGCUGUUGACUAGUUUUCAAUCAACAUAAACUAUAUUUUCAUAGGAAAUAUGAGACGGCAAGAAAUUUUCUGACUAAUUCAGAAUGAAAACUACUCUUCAAUGCAAAACAAUCUUAUGCAGAUUGUAUUGUUGAGUUUCUGUGAAAAAUUGGUUUAAUCUUCGUUUCACACACUUUUAUGUCAAGAGAAUUUUGUAAUUGUAAUAAUCCCCAG